AUGCCACGCCUGCUUUGGCUCUAUGUGUUCCUGAGCUGCUGGAAGCUGGUCCCCUCCUUCUGUCCAUCCCAGUGCACCUGCGUCUACCACGGACGGACCGACGGCACUGGCACACGGUCAGUGCUGUGCAAUGACCCAGACAUGGCGGACAUCCCAACCAACAUCCCCGUGGACACGGUGAAACUGCGGGUGGAAAAGACGGGGGUCCGCCGCAUCCCCGCCGAGGCCUUCUACUACUUGGCCGACCUGCGCUACUUGUGGGUGACCUACAACGCCGUGACCACCGUGGACCCCAGCAGCUUCUACAAUCUGAAGGUCUUGCAUGAGCUGCGGCUGGACGGCAACCAGCUGGCCUCCUUCCCCUGGGGGGCACUGCGCGAGAUGCCCAGCCUGCGCACGCUGGACCUGCACAACAACCGGCUUUCCUCUGUACCCGCUGAGGCGGCGCCGCUGCUGGUCAACAUCACCUACCUGGACCUGUCCAGCAACAAGCUCACCUCGCUGCCCUCCGAUCUCAUGGACAUAUGGCCCCCGUUUUCAGGGCUGCCCAGGAGCUACAACUCGUCCCAUAAAGUGGUUCUUGGGCUACAGGACAACCCAUGGUACUGUGACUGUCGCAUCUCCAAGCUGAUUGAGCUGUCCAAGAUGGCGGAGACACUGGUGGUCCUGUUGGACCAGUUCCUGGCCUGCAGUGGACCCGAGAACCUGGCUGGGGUCCUGUUCUGGAAGGCCGAGCUGGACCAGUGUAUCAAGCCCACAGUUUUGACCUCAGCCACUAAGAUCACGUCCCCAUUGGGCAGCAACGUGCUCCUGCGCUGUGAUGCCACCGGCCUGCCCACUCCCGUCCUCAUUUGGACCAGGGCUGACGGCUUACCUGUCAACCACACAGUUGUCCAGGAGUCUCCAGGAGAGGGGAUCAAGUGGUCUAUUAUAAGCCUGCAUGGGAUAUUGUACAAAGACGCGGGGGAGUAUCGGUGCAAGGCCAAAAACGUGGCUGGGACGGCCGUGGCCACCAUCACUUUGAGCGUGGCUGGCGAGAUCACCACGCCCGAGUACCCAGAGGGGGUCACGCCGAAGCCUCCCAUGCAGGAGGGGGCGGUCAGUCCGGCCCAGGCAGACUCGGCGUUGGCGAGCUCUGCCGUAACCACUCGCGGCCCCACUGUGCCACCAAACGCCACCCAGCCCAUGACUCCCACCAAGAAGAGGCCCGCGAUUCCGGACGGCCAGCAGAGGUCGUCGGCCCGAAUGCAGCAGGAGAGCCAGGAUGGAAAGCCACCGCAGGAUGAGGACAGCAGGGUGUCCGGGAACGACAGCACAUCCGGGAGCCAGAGACCCGUCAUCGGGAGCAUCCAGGUGGCGGAGGAGAAUGCCGAUACCGUGGUGCUGGUGUGGAGGGCUGAGGGCACGAAGGGAAGCGUCCCGCUCACUGUGGUUUACUCGCCGUAUGAGGACAAGGUCAAACAGACACUCACCACUGAGGUGGGCAAGGGCAAGGUGGCCCUCGAGGGGCUCAAACCCAAUACAAAAUACAUGGCGUGCCUGAUCGUCAAAGGUGGCCCUUCCCGUAGGGACCAGUGCGUCACCUUCUCCACGGCGGAGCCCGCAGCAGAACAGCCUCAGAGCCGUCUGCUGAUGGUCGUGGGGGGCGUCGCGUGCGCCCUGGCCUUGCCCCUCAUCGUCUUACUCCUCUGCAAGAUCGCCGGCCUGUGCUGUAGGACACGUAGGGACCCGCGCGAGGCAGAGCUGUCCAAGGAGACCUAUGUGAAGUUCGAGACUCUGUCUCUCAAACCGAGGACGUCCACCACCACUCAGCAUCACGAGCUGUGGGCGAGGCGGCCGCCGCAUGAUUCGGAGCGCCUGCUGCUGUGCUCCCGCUCCAGCAUCGACUCCCAGAUGACGUACAAAAGCGAGAGCUCCAGGUCCGAGUUCCUGUGCUAG